AUGGAAGGACCCGAAACGAGCUUGGUUGAAGUAAGAGAAGAAGAGCUCAUGGUUACACCAGGUUGCCAAACCCUUGACCCUUGUUCUAAAACAGCUCGUUUCCUCAAACCCAUUUUCAGUUCCCUCAAAACCCCACUUCCCAAGCUCCCUUCACAAAAUCUUUCAUCUCUGGAACAAUCUUCUUUUAAUCCCAAAGAUCUGCCUUUGAGUAUCGGUUACCAUGGGUGGAGAUGCCGGGCAAGUAAUUGGUCGAUUUGGGUCGACAAAAUGAGGGUUUUGCAUGAAUCGACUUGGAAGAAAGCAGGAAUCUUCGACGCCAUCUUGAACUCCACUUACCAGAUUAAGCGAAACAGUGAUUUAGUUCUCGGAUUAGCUGAGAAAUGGUGUUGUGAAACCAAAAGUUUCGUUUUUCCAUGGGGCGAAGCCAGUGUUACACUCGAAGAUGUCAUGAUUCUCGGGGGAUUUUCCGUUCUGGGUUCCCCUGUUUUCGCCGAGCUCGAUACCGAUGAAUCGAAGGAGCUUGAAGAGGGGUUAAAGAACGUUCGGAUCGAAAUCGUGAGAAGCAAAGCUAAAAAGGCCUGCCCUCGUUUGUGGAUGCAGAGAUUCAUGGACAAUGGCGGCGAAUUGGAGCACGAAGCUUUCCUCGCCUUUUGGCUUUCGAGGUAUGUUUUCACCAACGCGUAUGAAACGAUUCGAGAACAUGUUUUCUCCAUUGCUGUUCAUUUAGCUAGAGGGACAAAGCUUGCUUUAGCACCUGCUGUGCUUGCUAGUAUUUAUAGAGACUUGUGUUUGUUGAAAGAUGCUAUCAUUGCUUCGACUAAAAUGGCGAAAGAAGAGGUGUUUAAGCUUACCCUUUGGUCGCCGUUUCAAUUAGUUCAGGUUUGGGCUUGGGAGAGGUUUGCAGAGCUAAGACCUCAACCGAAUCCGAUACCAAAAGGUGAGCCGAGGCUGGUUCGAUGGCAUGAUGUGAGUUGCAAGGUUGAGAAUGUGAGGUUAGUUCUAGAAUCGGCUGGUGGAAGUUUCAAAUGGCGUCCUUAUACUAUGCAGAUCGAUCACUGGAAACAACCUAAGUUUUAUAGAGAGAAUGAAGUUUGUAUACGGACCACUGCACGACUCGAUAAAGAACUAGAGUCCUUUGUCCGAUGCUUGAGGGCUAGUGAGCUAGUGGGAGUUGAUUGCAUAGAACAGUACCUUCCGCACCGAGUUGCAAGGCAAUUUGGAAUGGAUCAGGAUAUUCCAGAUUUUGUUCCGCAAUCGAAAAAUCAGACUCAUGAGAUUGCCUGGCUCAAUUACUGUGAAUCACUGACUGGUGUAAAAUUGUACAUUCCAUCUCGGCUCUAUAAGGCUGGUGUUACAGCACGGUACCUGAAGUGGUGGAAGGAUUCGGUGUUCGAGAGCAAAGGCACAGCUAAGGGUUUGAAGAAAUCAGCAAAGAAUCCCAAAGGAAAGAAGCAUGGGAAAACUUCUUCAGGUUGCUCCGGCUUUCAUCAGAAAAUAGAGAGUUUCCAUAGAAAGACGGAAGCUAAUGAUCCAUCUGUUUUGCCUAAUUGCACCGUGAAGAGCUCAAAGAAACAACGAGACAGUGUCGUCAAGACUAAGAAAUCAAAGAGUGUAUCCCAGAUUUUGGAAGAAAAGCAAGUGUGCAACAAUGGAUCGAGUUCUUCUGCCUCUUGUGGAAAGAACUCUAAGAAAUCAACCAAGAAUCCAAAAGGAAACAAAAAGGGCAGGGAAGAAUCUUCUUCUCCCAAUGUUCCUUUGGGAAGCUCGAAAGAAUCAGCACGAACUUUGAAAAGGAAGAAUAGAGACGACAGUGAUUCUGCUUCUCCCAGUUUGAGCAAAAAACGCUUAAAGUGUGCAGAGAAAUCUAAAGGAAUGAAGAAAGAUACCCCUGUGUCUGCCUCUUCUAGAUCGGCUUUCCGAAGCUCCAAAAAUCCAGCAUUGGUUACGAAAGACAAGGAGGAAGCCAGCAGCGAUGUCGCCUCCCAUGUUUUACCUUCAGCGAGUGCAAAAGAAUCACCAUGCACCAUAGAAAGAAAGAACCAAUGCAGCUCCCUGGACCCUAUCAGUCUCGAGCGUAUCUCUAAAGGAAAGGAAGCAGAGGAUUCUACUGAGGAUUAUAACCCAACAAUCGUAGAAAUGAUGAGAUCCUGCAACAAGCGAUGUAAAAUCCGAACUAAAGAUUCGGACGACGAUGGAAACCCAUCAGGCCGUUCCCAAGGUCUUUCAUCGACAAUUGCAGACGACGAGGUUGUUAAAUACUUCGAGCCAUUAGCAAUGUUGGCAGAAAAGGUUAUCGAGGAUGAAUCCGUGCUAAGAUCAGGACAAACUUUCGAAGGUCCCUACAAGGAUCAGGGGGAACUAAAGAUGGCGCGGGAGGAAGUCGUGAUGGGAGGAGAAUCAGGAAGAACGGAACGUCAAAUUGGCGACAACCCCAAACAACCGAUUCACAAAAUGCUAAGCGUCAAUGGCGUCGAAGGAAAGUGCAGUUGUUACCGACAUACCGGGAUUAGCACUAGAAGCUCGUAUUAG